UCAGGCUCAGUGCAAAUGUCAGCGAGGGUUGUUGUGAACAAGAAAGGUGAAAUGCAAAACAAUCAAAUGCUGCGAACGGGAGAAAUCGACCGUAUAUCAAUAAAACAAGCAUUACUUGGAUUUAUCUUUCAACUAUCUGUUUAGUUAGGGAGAGUAUACGUUCAACCGCAGAUGAAUGUUGUUGACACAUCCAAAGUGCUUCUGGAUCUGUUGUUCACUAGGAAGCUAACAUUAGCUAGCCUAACUAGAUGGCGAUGUGUUUGUGAUUUGGCUGGCUGGCUGGCUAGCUAGCUGAUUGUUUCAAGUUGUUUUAUGGAGCUAGGUAGCCUGUGUGCUACAAAAAUAGUAGCUAGUUUGUCACUGCCGUGAUUGUAGGUUAGCUAACAAGCUAACGAACCGGUGGAGCUACAUUAUUACUGUAACUAGCUAGCUAGCCUUGACGUUUACACGAUGAGUAACGUUAGCAAUGGAAAACACCAGCUUUUUAAAGGAGCCGAAGUGAGCUGCUGUGUCAAAUACUUGUUGUUUGGAUUUAACAUCAUAUUCUGGUUACUGGGAGCAGCCUUCCUCGGCGUAGGGCUGUGGGCGUGGGCCGAAAAGGGCGUGCUGUCCAACAUGGCCUCCAUAACAGACCUGGGAGGCUUCGACCCUGUGUGGCUGUUCAUCGUAGUGGGAGGAGUCAUGUUCAUCCUGGGAUUCGCUGGCUGCAUCGGAGCGCUACGGGAAAACACCUUGCUGCUCAAAUUUUUCUCAGUGUUCCUGGGUCUGAUCUUCUUCUUAGAGCUGACAGCAGGCAUCCUGGCCUUUGUGUUUAAAGACUGGAUCAAAGACCAGCUCAACUUCUUCAUCAACAACAACGUCAAGGCCUACCGCGACGACAUCGACUUGCAGAACCUCAUAGACUUCACACAGGAAUAUUGGUCGUGCUGUGGGGCCCACGGUCCUAAUGACUGGAACCUGAAUAUCUACUUCAACUGCACUGAGUUUAACCCCAGUAGAGAGCGCUGUGGAGUCCCCUUCUCCUGUUGUGGCAAAGACCCUGCCGAAGAUGUCCUUAACACGCAGUGUGGCUACGACGUGAGACUUCAAGGGGAGUUGGACCAGCAAAAGUUCAUCUACACCAAGGGUUGUGUGGGCCAGUUCGAGAGGUGGCUUCAGGACAACCUGAUCAUUGUAGCUGGGGUCUUUGUGGGCAUUGCACUUUUACAGAUAUUUGGGAUCUGCCUGGCUCAGAACCUGGUGAGUGACGUCAACGGCGUGAAGGCCAACUGGUGACGCCAGGACCCUGGGGUAGGGGGGGUACUCUGACCUUUGACCCCCAACAUCCAGCUCACCUCCCGCUGAACCGCGUAGAGGCUGAGAGGUGAAAACACAAACAGCUGUUUACCUCUGGUUCUGCCGGGCUCGGGAGCCACCUCACAAAACAUUGUUUACUGUCCCAAACACACACACACACACACACACACACACACACACACACACACACACACACACACACACACACACACACACACACACACACACACACACACGCUGGGCUGGGGACUUACACAUGGACAUACAGGGGACUCCUGUGGAUGUCUAGCUAAGCUGAUCUGACAUUGUUGUUUACAGUUUUGAUUCCACAGGGUGUAUUUACCUGCUCCAGGAAGAUGCACCCAUUGGCCGGGGAGAUCAAUAGAAAAACAUAUAAACAGAUAGAGAUAUCUAUAUCACCUGGUGUCACCUCAACGCUACAACCGCUAGGAUUUCAAACACCCCUUCAGAAAGGGCUGGUUGUUAGAUACCUACUAUCCCACUUUUACAGUAUUUAUGGUAGAUGCUAUAUAGAUAUAUAUUAAAAGAAGUAUAUAUGCUAUACUCCUGUCUGACCUACUGCCUGGCUGACAGGAUGGCAUUUUUUCUGUUAUUCUAUGACCACUGAAAGAAAUAAAGUUAAUGUUAAAGCAAAGUAAGGAAAUGGGAGUAUUCCAUUUCACAUUCAGAAAAUUCAGGUUAGCAGAGCCUUGCUACGGAUGCAUGUCUUUAACCGCCUGUUUUUAAACAGCAUGUUCGAACAUACAGUACCAGUCAAAAGUUUGGACACACCUACUCAUUCCAGGGGUUUUCUUAA